AUGUUAAUCGACACCGGUUCAUCUGAUGUAAUUAUCAAUCCCGGUCUUUACAAAACUGGCCCAAAGUCAACCAAUCUCCAUAUGCGUUUUGAGAACUCUUAUGGUACUACAAAGAGUGAUGGCUCGGGAACGGGCUCCGUCAUUGGUACCCUGUACAAUGAUACCGUCUCUUUUGGGUCCCUGGGUGCUACUCAAACUAUUGGCUCCGCGAAGGGUGCUGCCCAAAUCCCUAGUGACGGAAUUGUUGGAUUUGCUGGAGCAGCAGUGGCUCAAUUCCCUAAUGGCGCUGCCCCUUGGUUCCAUACGCUUUGCAAUGAGGGUAAAGUUGCUUCCUGUAGAUUUGGUGUUGCAUUGGGAUAUAAUGGAAACGGCAUUCAGGUGCUUGGAGAGCUCGACAAAUCUCUUUUCGAGGGAGACCUCACCACCACAUCUAUCGUCCAGGAAUGGGCUAUAUUUGCUGAUCUUGCAAUUGGUGGAAAAAUUAUCAAAACUGAUGUCCCGGUGGAGCUGGACACUGGAACAGCAACAAUAACUGGUCCUGUAAAUGAUGUUCUGUCAAUCUUCAAUGCUACAUCCAUUCAGUCAGUGGUACACAAUACUACAGAUGGUGUGACUGUGACGGGGUAUUUCCCCUGUGAUAAGCCGCCGACUAUCGGGUUCAGCAUUCCGUCUCGGGCAAAUGUGUCUACAGCUGUGAACGCGAACUCAGGAAGUAUCAGCCACAAGAGUGCAAUUUUCGACAUUGCACCAGAGCAGUGGAUUGCAGCCGACAAUGGAAACAAUAAUUGCACUGCCGUUCUCUCUGGUGCUACUGUUCCUUUAUAUCCCACCUUAUGGGUUGUGGGUCAGCCAUUUUUCCAUGGCCUCUAUAUCGACCACAAUGUCCAGGAUGGGAGCAUGGGAUUUGCAAAAGUUAGGAACCAAUCAACGCAGAAUGGGACUCAAACAUCGACCACGCUGAGCUCAUCAGCCACGCCGACCAAUAUGGGAAUCUCUUCCACGCAGAUUAACGGUUUCUGGUCAUUUGUCGUGUUCGGUGUUGCAGCUUUUAUGUUUUAA